CCCCCCCCCUGGCCCCUUGCCAGCCUACUUCCCGCCUCCUCCCCAGCACCAUGACCGCACGGUCUGAUGGUCCUCGCUCAGUGAAGCGGGUGCCCAUCUUCCGCGCCUUCCACCCCGACAGCCAGGUGGCUUCCUCCUUUGAGACCCGUUCUCUUUCUUCCCUGACCCUGGCCCGGGGCCCCGCCUCGGGGGGACACGGAUCCGAUGACGGGCUCUCCAGCGAUCUGAGCUCCAGCGAGGGCAGUGGCCCUGACAACAUCGGUGGCCCGGGUGACAAGCGCCCCCGGCCGAGCGAGGAAUCGCCAGCCUCCCCGACGGCCAAGCGCCCGCGUGCCGGGUCCAUCUCCGACGAGGAUGCCGAGUGCGCGGUCAUGGCCGCGGCUGUCGCCGCUGCCACCAGCACCACCACCCUACCGCCCGCCUGUCCAUACACGGUUUCGGCGCUCGUGGCCCGUGUGGACAACCAGGAGCAAGCCGCCGCCCGGGCCCGGGCCUUGGCCGGAAUCAAGGGCGAGACCAUCCGCAUCUACUGCGAUGGGAUCUACGAUCUCUUCCACUUCGCACAUGCCCGGAUGCUGGAGCAGGCCAAGCACCUGUUCCCCAAUGUUCACCUGAUUGUCGGCGUGUGUAACGACGAGAUCACCCGCAAGAACAAGGGUCCCUGUGUCAUGACCGAGGACGAGCGCGUCGAGUCCGUCCGUCACUGUCGCUGGGUUGACGAGGUGAUUACCGACGCCCCGUGGGUGUUGGACCUUGACUUCUUGGAUUUGCACAAGAUUGAUUUCAUCGCACACGAUGCCGAGGUGUACCCCUCGGCCAACCACUCGGACGUGUAUGGCGCUGUCAAGAUGAAGGGGCGCUUCCUCUCCACCCAAAGAACCGAUGGCGUGUCCACAUCGGACCUGAUUGCGCGCAUCCUCCGCAACUACCAUGGCUACACCCGAAGGAAUCUCCGCCGCGGGUACACUGCCAAGGAGCUGAACGUAUCCUUCUGGCGCGAGCACUACAUCAAACUCCAGGACAAUGUCGACGUGGCCACCGCCGAAUUCAAGAAGCGCUUCAGCGACACGAAGUCCGAGUUCGAGGCCGCCCUCCGGCGUGGGCGUGAGGUCCUCUUUUCGGAAUUCACAUCCGACCUGCCGGACGGCGGACCAACCCGCGGCCGUCUGCCUUCCGAGGGAGUCACCUCGUCGAAUGCCACAUCUUCUGCCGACCCCUCGGCCUCCGCCAUCCCGGCAAACGGCACCUCGACCGCCGAAAGCUCCGACGCCCCGGGGCCGGCGCGCCCCUCCGCCUCGACGUCCAGUAAGCCUCGACGCCGCGAGACCUGACCCGGGGGCCAACCAUGCCGCAUGCCGCAUG